CGUUGAGUAAGUUGACUCGCGGCAUCACACUCUUCACAAUUAGUUAGUUUUAUAUAUUUUUUAUCAGCCUGAAGAAGAUUUAAGAUAAUCGAAACGUUGCUGUACAUUUAUUUCUUUUCAUUUAUUUUAUUUUUCACUGUUUGGCCAAAUUAAAAAAGUCAAAAGUGCUUCUGAAACUUUUUCUUGGCCCACAAAACACACACGAGGCGCUAGCUUAGCAUGAGCUUUCACGGACGUCAGCACGGAGACGAAUGGACCACGGUGACUAACAGGAGGGGCCACCAUGGAAGACACCGCAGCGGUACAUCAGGCCUACGUCCACGCACAGAUCCCAGAACCACCGCGGGGAUUCUGUUGAUGAGAGAACACGAAGACGGCAGCUUAGCGCACGGAGAGCGGGCACCCCUGAACUGCGACGAGACGCUCCCAGUUCUCCCCACCGCCGCCCAUCUCCCUCCCGUCACGGACGCAGAACCUACGCUUCCGUGACCAGGACUGGCCUGUCCGUCCACGACCGGGUCUCUCCCCGACGCAACCAGCCUCGUCAGGACCGACGAGAGCCAUCGCUGCACCGGCGCGAAAGACACACGCACGACACGGUGAGCAGACACAGACCGGACAGCUACAGUGCAUCGCGGAAACGCAGGAAUGAGCCCAGCACGGACUACAGACCGGACCCUCCACGCGGAGGUUACAGUGUUCGCAGAGGGGAUUCUCCGAGCCGUUUUCGGGAGGACUACGGAAGACGCAACUCGCCGCGUCAAUUAUGGAGAGGAGAGCCGACGACGCGCGGAGCUGCAACAGGUGCCCAGGCGCAGAGACGCGCACAGACGAGAGAACAAUACUGAAGAUAGGAGGAGGGAGAACCAUCAACAAACCAAGACUCGUAAUCGACCUGAAGUGAGAGAACGAGAUGAUAAUAAACCAAGGUCUGAUGAUCCAGACUUUGCCCUCAAAUGCCACAUCUUACACAGACCAAUCAAGGCAUUCCACCACUUCUCGAAUGCGAGUACUGAGAAAACUCCAGUGUCAAUCGACAAAAUGACAAAACAAUUAACCAUGUUGAUUAAACCGGCAGUACCUAACACACAGACAUCACAACUGAUUGAGGGCAACGCCAAAAACUGGGCACACACGACACUUGUCAUUCUCCGUGACCACUAUGAACAGGUGAUUCGAAAACAAAUAGGUGAAAUGUACAAAUUAGAGACACCUGAGUGGCAAGCCCCCUUUGGAAUAGCGUCUAAAUGGGCUAAGAGACAUUUCGGCCGCAGAUUGACGCCCGAAACACUGACUGAAACUGAAGAAAUUAUCACGGUGGGACUGACACGACUUCAGGAGCAGGCUGACACACACACACACACACACACUUACACAUCGGAGAUUUCAGCCCCCCGAGUCAGCGCGACGAGAGACCUCCCACGACAAGGCCGGGGCUCGGCUGCAGCUACGGGCCUGACCACAGCGUUGCUGCACGCUGCAGCCACGGACGGGUCCCCGUUCACUUCAGACGCCAGCACACACUCCUGUCCCCACAACACAAGAGGAUGAGUGGACUGCUCACAGUCGGCCUCUCUCCUCGCAUGGUUUCCUCCAUGCAUCCCUGGUGGGAGGGACUAAGACGCAAGGAAAGGACCCAAGUGAGGGAAACGGGGAUGCAAUUAAGAGACUUGGGAUGUACCCGAAGUCACACGUUCCAUCUCCGUGGAUACGACGGGGAGUACAAGCCAACAUGACGUCAUACGUCAUUUCAUAAACAAACUACGUUUGUCACGCGUUUUUUUUUUUUUUCCAGAGGAAACCGGAAGUGGCGGACUCAUGAAAACAAAAACACGUCUGGCGGUUCGUUGUCUCCUCUGUUUAACAAACAUCAGACCGAGCGCUAACACGUUAGCUCAGUUAGCUCCUAGCUGUCCAUGGCUGCCGCAUCCUCUCUCCCCCAUCACAUGAUGGUGGAGUCAGUGGACGACGCAGAGGGUCUGUACGUGGCGGUGGAGCGGUGCCCCCUAUGCAGCACCUCCCGCCGCAGGCUGACCUGUGCUCGGUGCGUCCAGGCCGGGGACUUCGUGUCCUUCGACGGGAGGAACACUGAAAGAUACAUUGAAAAGUUGGAGCGACUGAAGAAGCUGAAGGAAGAAAAGGAGCAGCUACAACAGAGGUGAACACACAUCACUGAUGACUAAAAUAUGUGCAUCAGUCAAACUUUAUUGUAGCACCCAGUUACCACAAAGACCUGGUUCAAAACAUCGUAAAGGCACACAGGAAGCAGUGUUAUGAAAAUAUAAAUCUUUUAUUGGUACAAAUAUAACUAGGUGGAGUAACCAGUGACGGCUGGUUUAGCGGGCAGGAGGAGUUCACAGACCAUGCGCCAAGAUCGGCAUCACAAACAAUUUAAAGCAAAACAAAAGACCAAGGCAGCGUCUCACUAACUAGAAAAGAAAUGAAAACGAAAACAUAAGUAAUCACAAACAACUGCCAAUAAACAGAAAACAAACCUAAAAGAUUCUACUUCAACCCACCUGUUCAGCAACCCAGCCACCCCCACUUGGAUUCCCCCCCAGCUACCAUUGGGUGCACUGCUCAGGAAGCUCUAAAAAAACACGAAUACAACAUUACAUAUUUCUUGAUUGUACCCAAUUUCCCCAGCACACGAAAUACAUAAAGAAAAACCAUUCCACUAUAAAUAUAUAUACCUGAAUCAGCCAUCCCCCAAACACACGCUGUCCCCUCCGUAACGGAUGCCUCCCAGACACUGCGCUACCGACGCAACUUAUCAUGCGGCCUCACGCUACAUCUCCGCUUGUUGCGGGAGAGCAAAUAGAUGGACUCGGCACCCCCGCUCGUGGCGGCGGAGACAGAGAGCAGACUCAGCACACCCGCUCGCGGCGGCGGAGAGAAAGACAAAGAACGCGAUUUGCCAGCAGGUGCAUCUUUUCAGCUAAUCAGGGCCGGUGCACCCCAUUACCGGUCCGGCGGACCCAAUAGUUUCACCCCAU